AUGACAGACAAGGACCAAAAAGUGUUCAUGGCAAAGUUAGCCGAACAGGCUGAGCGGUAUGAGGGUAAGAAAAGAGUAUUUAGCUUCGUCGGAAUGCGUUUUGGAGUUAAGAACUUCGAGUUUGUUUUAUCGCGCCAAUUCGGUUAUGUCGGCAAACAGCUCUCUGGUCACAAAAUUUUCAACGGACAAAGCGGAUGCAUUGAUCGAAUUUUUUCGAUUAUUACUCUCGCUCUUCCCAGUGAGGCUUACAUAUACAGAAUUGAAGUGCUGUAAACAAGCACUCGUGUUGUUAACAGCUGAGAUUUAUCGACGAUGAAUGAAGUAGAGUUAUCGCGGAUGCGUUCUUCCAUUCACCUGACAUUUACAAAGGGAGUAGAUUUCCGUGAUAAUUUAUGCCUUGCAUAAGACUAAAUUAGACGCCUUACACGACAAACGACCAUCAGAAAGCAUAUAUGACGCUUGAGAAUUCGAUAUAAGCUUACGUUCUAUAAAGACUUGAUCGAUAGGUCGAUCGGUUCACGAGCUGAACAAAGAGCUUACAAUUAGCGGGGAAAAAAUCUCGGAAUGUUACAUGCUGAAAUUCUGUUUCUGCCCGUAAUUGAAAUUCCGGGACUAAACAGGCCGUUUUAUUAGAAUCACUUUAGAGAUGUAAACAGCCGACAGCAUACUGUAACUAUAAAAUUGCAAACGACAUGUACAAAUAUCUUAAUCAUAUUCCCUUUCAAAAGCGCUCUGUUGAUAAUGAUAAAGAUCAGGUGAAGCGAAUUGAGGAAAUAGCUCUAAGACUCGAGUUAAACUUCGUAGAGGUUGCGGUCUUUAUGUUCAAAAGAUGCCUGAAAGGUGCGUCCACAUGGUGAUGAAGAAGGAAAGUACAUUGUUGUUUUUCCUAAUACCAUGUGUUGUUGAUUUCGCUCGUAGUUCGGUGGAAAUGCCCGAGCGAUUUUUAACAAAGACAGCGUUUAUUUGCACCAUUCUCUAUACUCUUACUAUAUGUAUAAACAUUUCCCCGGGGUCCUAUCAAUGAAUGGAAUUACUUCACUUUUACUGACAAAGUUCUUUUAAACUUAUACAUGUAAUUAUGUAGGAAGUAUUCCGUAGCACAGUGCUAGAUAUGUUAUUCUUAUUCUGGAUAUAAAAAGUCAAACUAGUAAAACCAAGGACAGAGUUUUUGUAGGAAGGUUCAAGUAAUAUACCAUGGAUUCGAUUAUAUAAAUUGCAUAUAUCUAACUAAAUUAGUUGCUGCUGAUGGCAAAGUAAGGACAAUGAGAUAGAGGCAAGAUAGAGACAAGUAAUAGUAAGAUAUUAUGUAUUGCAGACAGCACACAUAUGGUGAGCAAUGGAGUCUGUUGUCAAACUGAGUUAGGUCAAAAAUAGCUAAACCGUAGGUCAUGGAAAACUUGAAAAGACGAACAAGUGCUCCAAACUAACAGUCUUUCACUCAUCUAGUCUGGUGAUUUGUUUUGAGUUUAACUAUUAAUUUAGUUACGUAAUUACAGGGCUCGAAAUUAAAAAAAAUGUCUGGUCGCAAAUUUGCGACUAGUUACGAAAAUUUGGUCGCAACUUUGAAAAUAUUAGUCGCGAAAUUAAUUGAGGCCAUUUAAUCAAAAAAUAAGUAGGCUUUUAAAUGAUUAACGCUUUAAUUUUCAUUCUUUAACAGCUUUCAUGUCAUUUCGAGACUUAAUAGUACAGAACGUUUAGCAUCUCGGACAACACCAGUUCAUCUAAACGAUCAAGUUGAACCUGCGUUAAGGCACAUAAAUUAGUGUCUGUUAUUUUAGUCAAAGCGAUAGAUUUCCAAAUCAUGAACAGAUAUUACAGCAGGAAACUGCAGUUCUUAAAUGCCUCCAAUCUCUGCAAAAUAGAAAUAACAUUUGUACUGGGCGGACAUCCGACAUGGUUAUAGGUUACGUUACGUAACUAAAUUCCUUUAGUUUUACCUUUUGUAGGUUUUCCACCGAUGACAAAACAAGUAACGAAUUCUUUUAUAUAUUAAGCUUUACAUCUGAAGUAUCAGGGGUGUUACUACAGUGAUUAUUCAAAGAACCCUGAAGGACUGAAUCGACGAUACGUGCCAUGCGGACAUUCCGCCAUCUUUGUUUGCUAAACCUCGUUUUCAUGUAUACGUAGAUUCGCAACCCACUUGGAACCGAUUUAUUUUACAUGUAAAUCUUUUUUUUUAAAACUAACCGUUACUGUCAAACGAAGAAACAAUGAAGCCUUAAGUACUCAUUUUUUACCAACGAAAGUUAUUGACUCCAGUUUUUCUGCUUGUUUCGGUUCCUUCGAUCUUACUCAGUGACUAACGACUGUCAGCGGCAAAUCAAAACGAAAUAUGAGCCUGCAAUGUACAUGUUUACAGAACCCGCUGAAAAUGGCGUGCUGUUGAAGGAAUAUCGUUGCGUGUAUGCAUUCCAGGUAAAUUACGGUAAACCUUCAGAUUGUAAAAAAAUUAUAAGACGCUACUUCAAUGAAUAUUUUUGUUUCGAAAUUUAUUUAAGCAAAAAUUCAAGUGCUAGUCCUUUUAUUUCGUAUCAGUUAAGGCAAAACCUAGUCGCAAAUUUGCGACUACUCUCGUUUUUCUAGUCGCAAAUAAGAAAAAUUAAGUCGCAAAUGCGACCGUAUCGGUCGCAAUUUCGAGCCCUGAAUUAGCCCAAAAAUAAGUAUUUCACAUUAGUUGUUCUCAUGGACAAGUAGAAGUUUACCUCUCUCUUGUUUCUUUUUUGUUAAAUUAGCAUGUAGUAAAGUUUUUCCUUCAUGCUACGUCAAUAGCAGCAAGAACUACAAGGGCUAUUUAGAAAAAUGUGAAGGAAUGGGCCAGGUUUUGGUUUUAAGUCCACCUCAGUCAUAACAGUGCAAAACAUCAUCCAAACCUCUUGUAACACCCAAAGACAUCUGAUUCUUAAAUUGGUGUACUCUGACACUGGAAUGUGGCUCAUUUAGGGGCAAUGUCAUGAUGGUAUUGCUGUUUUAAGCCAGUUCUUUGCUCAAGUCAUUACUUGGUGCCCUCACCCAUACACAAAAUGCCCCUGUAGUGUUAUGAAGCAGACAUAAAACAAAGUUCAUUGGGAGAAGUAACCAUGACAGUUUUUUGGUGAUUUUUACAGGUGUAUCGUUAAAACUUGAAAAAAGUUGAGCCAAUUUUUUUGAGUUUCAAUCCCUGUCCAUCUGUAGCAACAGAUGACCGGAAACAGUUUCAAUGCCUAAACAUAGUCUUAAAUAACAAAACUGGACCAUUAUUUUUGGAAUUCAUUUGUCUGGGGAAAAAUUGUAGCUUUUUAAAAAGAUAGCAAAUAGUGUGACCUAGCCCCUUUAAGAGUGUGAUCCCUGUAAAAACAAGCUUUUUUAGCAACUGGAGCACUUGAAGAAGACAGUAUUUGUCUCAGGAACACUUAAGGUGGUACAAGAGACUAACAUGAAGAUCUCAAAAUCGUGUGAUUUUCUACCAGCUUGAAGCUGGCGAGUUUGUAACAGUGCUUGUGAAGUUUCAGUUCAGGGCGAUCACAUUUAAGUGAGAUAAAAACAACUAAAGUUUUGUUUCUGGGACCAUUUUAGCAAGAAAGACUUUGUAAACUGAGAGCUAUUAACACAGCUGUGGUUUAGAAAGCUGACACUUAUUCCCCGGUCACUCUAACUUAACAUGUUUAAUAUUAAACUAGGUAACAAAAAAACAGUGAAAGAAGCCUUAAACACAGGCUAUUACACAAAAUUUAAGGGAACUUUAACCUGUUAUAAUUGCACUAAAUUUGCCAUCAAAAAAGUACAGCCAGCAGCUUUUAUGAAGAAAGCAAAUUUAAACCGUAUGUAAUAUUAUCAAACAGCUUUUAAUCAUUAUUUAAGCAUUGGUGUGAAUGUAGCCUGCAUCGCACACGUAAUUUGUAUCAUUAGUUAGUAAUGUCUCCGAGGUUUUAGAGGUUCAUGUAGCAAAUCCAGGUAGUGGUUUUUCGUCCACCUGAUUCAUGGUUGAAUUGGAAUUUGCAAUUGUUGGUUUUUGAGGAGAGUGGAAAACCGGAGUACCUGAAGAAAACCUCUCGGAGCAAAGAAUAGAACCAAGAGCAAUCUCUGCUCUGGGCCAGCAACAGGCUCAAUGAAUUACAAAAGCAACUUUGCUGGAUUUUAAAACUGUUUAAUUUUAACAGAGCUGCUUUUUGUGACUGAAAAAUGACACUGACUUCUUAAAUUUCAAGCACAGCAUCCACUUUUUCCUUGAGAUGAGAUGCUAUUGUUUUUUUCUUAUGGGCAAGAGAUCGCAGCUCAUCCAUUGAAAUCAAAUAAACAAUGUGUAAUGCUUCAUGGGAAGUGACAAAGGGUCUUUAAUUUCGGAGGUUAUCUAAUUCUAUGCAGACAUGUAGAGUCCAAAAAUGGGAAAUGCAGGUUAGAAAACCAGGAGGCAUGUAGGAGUUUAUCUGAAUAAAACUGGAAAGUUACAGAACAAUGAAGUAUUCCUUGUUGUAAGAUAUGGUUUUUAGUGAUUUGUGCUCAGAAUCAAGGAAAUGCAACUUUUGAGGACCUUCCCAUGUUUCUGGGGUUCCUUUGAGCAUGUUGCAAAUCCCUCUUUAAAGAAUAGGGAGCUUUAGCAUCGACGACGGCAAUGGCAGCGAAACGUCAGUUUUAAAAUGAAUUCCCGUUUUUUCAAUCUUUGUCGUGUUUAUUCCAAUUUGCUGAAAAUGGCAAGUGUAGGCAAAUUUCCCGGGAGUUGGUUUCUUGAGGACUGCACUCAAGUUUAAAGAGAGAAAAAGAGAUUCAUCGUCGCUUGUCAGUUACGUCCUCCAUAAGACUUGCAAUUAGGCAUUUUCAUCUCGUAGUCAUGCAAGGACGGUAAAGAAAUGUACAAAAAAGCGUGAUGCACAUCCAAAGUUGUCGUUUUGUGUAAUAAACCUAUUGCUUUUUUGAUGUUCUGGUUGCCGUCGCCGUCGUCAUUGCUAAAGCUCCCUAAUGACUCCCUCAUAGGUGCUCGAUGGCAUUAUCUGGGUUCUUUUCUCAAUAUGGCCACCAACAUGAUGUAGACAAUUUUGUUUAAAAAGUGAUUAAUUUUGAUCUCUUUUUUUUAUUUAGAAAUGGCAGAGUUCAUGAAGGAGGUAGCUCAGAUGGAUGAUGGGGAACUCAAAGUUGAGGACCGUAACCUUUUAUCAGUAGCCUACAAGAAUGUGAUUGGGGCUCGAAGAGCAGCCUGGCGCAUCAUUUCUAACUUGGAAUCGAGGUCGGAUAAGAACAAGGACUUAAUUACAAAGUACAAGGAGAAGGUUGAGGAGGAACUCAAUAAUAUCUGUGAAGAUAUUAUUAAACUUCUGGAUGAACAUCUCAUCAAAAAUUCAAGUACUGCUGAAUCACAAGUUUUCUUCUUUAAAAUGUAAGCGGUUUAUUACUAUUAAGAAGGUGUAGACUUUGUUUAAUAGGAAUGCAAAUGUGGUGUUGUGAAAUUCAAGCCUUGCUUAGCCUGUGCCAUGGAUGGAACUAAACUUCUGCUUGAGUCGGUCAGUGGCCAAGUCUUUUUUUGGGUCCCCACCUGUUCACCAGAAUUUGAGUAUGCAGCAUGAUUGGCCUGUUAAAAAAGCCAUUGUCAUUUUGCCAAGCAAGUUGAAGGGAAAUUUAACCCUUUAAGCCCCAAUAUCCACAUACAAAUUCUCCAAGCUGAUCUCUUUUCAUUUCCUUAAAGAAUGUGUUGAGAGAAUUUGAUAACCCUCCAUAAUUAUGUGUCUCUCUACCCUUGUGUUUGAGUGCUAAUGCUGUGGUUAACCCAGUAAACAGUUGACAUGACGCAGUCCAAACACAUAGCCUUGGGUUGCUUGAAAGACAUUUCACUGUGAACCAGCUCAUGGAUGAAUUGGAUAAGUGUAGAUAAGACAGUUCAAUAAUCAAAGUAACACUGGGAACUUGUGAUACAAUUAAAUAAAAUAUUAUUUUAAAUGUGGCUAAAUGUAAUUUAGGCAAAGUUAACCUCAACGGAAUGCUGGUCAUGGAUACCUUCUCCUCAUGCCACAGCAUUACCCAGCUUCACCAACUUUGUAGGCACCAGCACCCCAGCUCAUCUAUUAAUGAUGCAUUUAAGAUGAAAAUUACAGUUUAUCCUUUGUAGUAGGAGGCAUGUGCACUAAAUAAAUUAUACAAAUUGAAGCCUUGAGGCUCUCAAGUAGAAUCUUGAGAGAGCUGUGUUUGUUGUGAGAGAUUGGAGUGCCUUCCAUUCUUCUUUUGAGAAUUUUUGUUUUGGAGUUGUAAUGUAAUCCAUUUAAGAUAACUCUUAAUGUUGCCAACAGGUUGUUUGAUUGAUAAGGAUGUCACGUUUUUUUGUGUGUCCUUUGCUUCUGUUUCAUACAACAAAUCAUCAAUUAGUGGAUUUGUUGAUGUCGCUUUAACAAUUUGAGGUCCAUUUUUCACACUAAGGGUUCUUUAGCUUAUUAGCUUUUCACCAAAUGAAAAUUAAAUGAAUUUAUUAUUCUGGAGGUGAAUUGGAAAUAAUUUUAUUUCCUUUUUGUGCACAGAAUUUUUUUUCUUACUAAGUUACCUUUUCAAAUCUUUCCCCCCAAAAUUGUCUUUUUUUUGUUGUUGUUAUGUUUUAUUUUAUUUUUUGUGAGAUAAUAAAUUAUAGUUAUUAUUUUCAGUACAAUAACAAUGGAGAGAAUACAGGCAAAAGCAACUGUGUCAUAUUGUAAUCCAUCUUUCAGACCACUGAAACAAUAGUGGUUACAAGACAAUAUUCAUUUUGUGUUUUGCAGGAAGGGGGACUACUUGCGAUAUAAAGCUGAAAUUGCUGCUGGUGAGAACAAAAGUAGCGACUGCGAUAAAGCAGAAGCUGCAUACGAAAGUGCAGCACUUAAAGCAAAUGAAGAACUUACAAAAACAAAUCCAAUCCGCCUGGGUUUGUAUUUAAACUUCUCUGUAUUCCAUUAUGAGCUGCGUAAUAAUUCUAAAAAGGCCUGUGAGCUUGCCAAAGAAGCAUUUGACUCCGCGAUCAGCGAACUCGACACCUUGAGUGACGAUAAGUACAAGGAUAGCACAUUGAUCAUGCAGCUUUUGAGGGAUAAUUUGACACUUUGGACUGCUGACAAUGGUAAGGUUGAUCCAUCCUACUGUUAAAGGGGCUAUGUCACGCUAUUUACUAUCUUGUUAAAAAGUAAAACUUGUCUUUGCUUCAGCUUCCCAAGAAUAAUGGUCCAGUUUUGUUUUUUAAGAUUACGGGCAAACCUCCAGUAAGGGACCACCUAAAAUGCAAAGACUUAGUGUUCGCUUACGGUUGGUGGUCACUUACAAGAAUUGAACCACAGGGGGCCUCUUCCAAGAAGUGGUCCGGGCACAUCAACUUUAUGGAAGAUAAUUAAUUGCAUGCAAUUUCUUUUUUACACCAUUUGUAGUUCUGUGUUGUUACUAAUGCACCUGACUCCAAGUAAUUUUUGUUUCCCUUUAGGUCAAAUCUAUAUAAUAAUAUUUUACCCUCGAUAACUCAAAUUAUGUUUUAAGCAUGUCGCAAGUAAAAAAAAAAAAGAACAGUGUACUACAUUCCAAAACAUUGAAUUUAUUUUAAAACAAGCACAGGGCUGUCAUUAAGAGACGGGGGCCGUGGAUUUCCCCCGGCUACUAUGAAUAUAACCCCCGGCUACUUUCAAAGGAAAAUACAAGAAAAAUAGAACCAAAAGAAAUCCCUAGCUGUUUGAUUCCCUGCCUACUUGUUUUAUUUACCCUGCAACUUGAAGUCUUAGUGACAACCCUGCAAGCAUGUAUACUUUGUCUUUACUUUCUUGUCAGUCAAGUUUAAAUACAGUGUCAAGCCCUGUAUAUUCAUAAAGGUUUUUACAGUUUCUUAGCUUGCUGCCCGUGAAGUGAAGUGCAUGAUUUUAAGUCUUGCAUUCCUUUCCCAUCCCAUUUGCUUGUUUCUUUAUUUCAAGUUAUUUACUUCAAACUCCUGAUAACUCUACCUUUCUUUGAAUUUCCCAAGAAGGUUUAAGUUAUCAGGAGUUGACUGUAUUAUUUUCUGGAACAGGGUCACAAGUUCAUCUCUUUUGGCCUGGAACAGGUCCAGAGUCUAAAGGACACAGCGACACACCCUCGUAGUAAAUUUAAGGGAGUACCUGCCCCCAGGUUUGCAUGCUACCUUUGACAACUUAAACAAAAUCAACUAAGGAAAACAUUCCUUCUUUUACACAGAAGAUGAUGGAACAAAAGCUGUAGAUUUGGACGACGAAGAUGCCAAGAAGUGAACAAGCGAUUUAUUGUAUUUCAGGAAUGUAUAUUAUUCUUACUUGCUUCAGAAAAUGUUUGGGCAUACCUACUGGUGUUAAUUGUGUAGCUUCAAAUAAUGCUCUACAGAGAUUUUUAUUGCAAGAUUUUUUCUCAAGGAUAUAUGUCCUUUAUCUGUUUGUUAGUUUUUAUGCAUAAAAGUGUUCCACCAAAGAGCGCUCGUCAUGUCUAAGAACCUAAACUGUCAUCUUUUUAGUAGAAUGUACAGUUGAGCCUCCAUUAAGUGGUCACCUACUGAGCAGCUACCCUCAAGUAAGCAGCCAGUAAUCAAAUCCUGAAAUAAUUUUCAAAAGGAAUGGGAACUUGCCACCGUUUGGUCAUCCCGACGAGAGUUAUCUCAUUAUUUUCACCUCUAUAAAGCAGCCGUCCAGCGCUUGAUAGACUUAGUUAGGCUUUAUUUCAAGAACAUGAUUAGUCCGAUAUAGAAGGUGAUGACCGAUAGUGGACCAGUCAUGCUGCUCCCAUCACAUGUUUGUUUCAAAGUGAACUGAUGUUUCCACUAAAGAUUAUGCUAAUUUAUGAGAAACCUCUGUUGAGCGGCCAAUCUCCAUUAAGUGGCCACUCGCUGGUGCUCUGAGGGAAUAGUGGUUCAACUGUAACAGCUUAAGUUCGUAUGGAGUCCCAUCAAAUCAUUAUUACUUUUUAAAUUGUAUCCUUGUAAUUUAUUUGAUGAUUUGAUUGUGUGAAAAUGUACUUUAGAGGCUAAAAAGUGUUUCACAUACAUUGUAAUCCUUGCUUGUUUGUUUUUUCAAGGUCUCUGUAUUAUGUAACAAUACCAGUGAUAAAAUUAUUAAACUGUAUUUGUAGAUG